UGUGUCAUACAUUGGAUGAUCAGCCGCCCGAAGGCAGACUUUGGGUGGUGAACGGUGAUCGCUUGGUGCUUGUGUGGUGCCUGGCAUGGUAGGCACCCUGUGAAGGCUUGUGCCCUGGAGUCCAGGAUGUGCUCGUGGGAUGAGCUGGAGCCCUGGCUUAGGUUACUUGGCUGUACCCAGGGGUUUCCCGCGUUCAUAGUGAGGAAAAGCCAGGAGGUGGCACAGAGGACAUCCCAGCCUGCACUUCUCAGCGGUGGCACCGUCCUCAGGAGGAGAGUGAGCCCAGGAGCCGGUCAAGUGCAGGUCAUUCAGUAAAAAAUGUUUUACACCUGACACACUCUUUGUGAUGCACUCUAAUUUCUGUUCAUUCAAAAAAGUGCUAGUUUAUGACCCGCUAGUGGGUGGUAGUAGCAGUUUGAAAAACACUGGACUUGAGUCUGUCAGCAUCACCCGGGUGCUCGGUAGAAUUGUGGGACCUUUGCUCCUCCUCGCACAACAUCGGAAUCUGCAUUGUAAUCUGAACUUCAUUUAGGCCGUUUGGGGUCACAUCACAGUUUGAGAAGGCCUGGGCAGGAGGACAGCGUCUGGCCUGCUGGCUGGGGAACGACCACUGGGCUGUCCUUGCCUGCGAUUUGGGAAACCAGGCGAUGCUGCUCUAAGCGGCUCCCUGAGCCCUCAUUGCUCCUGUUUCUUCUGCCCGUAGCAGAGUCAGCCCUUCUCUUCCAGGCAGAAUCGCAGGCUGUCGGCUCCUCACCCAAGGCUAAUGUAUACUGUGGUGAAUGACUUGGUUUUGUCCUCACGGCCUCCUGCUUGCUGUGGGCAUGAUUAGGAGGACGUGGAACUUCUUUAGAAGCAAGUGCACAUGAAUUGCAAAGCAAGAGCACAUCUGCUCUAAACACGGCGGCGACCCGCGUCUUUAAUGAAGGGUUAAGUCCCAUCCAGAGGCGCCUUUGUGGGCACUGAUUGCUCUGGCAUAUGCGUCACUGCUUGAGUGUGCGGGAGGAAGGGGUGCAGGCUUUACACAGGGCUGCCUAGAAAGACGAGCAGCCGCAGAGCUGGAGAGGAGCGCCAGUCAGCCCGCAGAAUGCCGCCGCCCCUCUGCCUGCUGCUGCUGCUGCUGCUCUCCGCGGCCACCGCUGCCCUGCCUCCGGAGGGUGGCCUUGCCGGCCACGACAGCGACAGUGGGCACGUGCAGGAAGUGGCAGACGUGAAGAAGGACAGCCUGUUGACUUUCCUUGCUUGGUGGUACGCGUGGACCUCCCGGGCCAGAGCAGCGCCCUUCAUGGGCGGGGCGGCCGGGGCGGUGUCCAAGCGGCAGGAAGGCCCGCCCCCGCAGCAGGCCCCGCGCCCAGAUCAAGUGCCCUGCAAGAACUUCUUCUGGAAGACCUUCUCCUCCUGCAAGUAAAACGCCACCCAUGACUCGUGCAAGGAAGUGCAACGAUGGAUCCAAAUAAAAUGGAUUAAGCAGCCGUGACC